GAAAAUGGCACUGCAGGAAUCGGUGUGAAGCCCUGGGAUGGGAAUGUGGAGCUCUGGAGCUUCAACCUGGGGUGACAAUUUGGGAGGGCCCCUCAGACUUGGGAUGGGGUGUCCCAUCCAUGUCCAGAAUGGGGGCGUGCCAAGGGAAAGUGGGGGCUGGCAGGAAUUCCCGGUGCAGCCGGUGCCAGCCGGGCACGGGGUCACGGGGCAGGAGGGCUCUGCCCUCGCCAUUCCCGGGUUAAUGAUUUCCAAGGAAUCCUCUCCCUCUGCAGAGCCCACGGCCCAGGCUUUACCCGGCGGGGUGCGCCAUGGUGGAGGUGACAGUGACACCGCAGUCCUCGCUGGCCGACCGGCCGGUGCAGAUCCGGGUGCGGGGACUGUCCCCGUCCCAACUUGUCACCCUCCGGGCAUGGCUGAAGGACGAGCAGGGCGAGCGCUUCCAAUCCCGUGCCUUUUUCCGCGCUGACGGAGCGGGAGAGGUGGAUCCCGGGCUCCAUGCCGCCCUGGGGGGCAGCUACUCUGGGGUCUGGCCCAUGGGGCUCUUCUGGUUCCUGCAGCCCGACACCCUUUUCCGACGGCUGGUCAAGCGGGAUGUGGCCGGCAGCCCCUUCCGCGUCCGGCUGGAAGUGUUGGAUGGGCUCUGCUUGGGCACGGACCCCCGGGAGCAGCCGCUGGGAUGCUGCGAGGCCGAGCGGUGGUACGUGGGCCCCGGAGUGCAGCGGGUGCCCAUCCGUGAGGGAAGGGUCCGUGGCGCCCUAUUCCUGCCUCCUGGUCCAGGCCCCUUCCCUGGGGUCAUCGACAUGUUUGGGGGUGCAGGGGGGCUGAUCGAGUUCCGGGCAGGGCUCCUGGCCAGCCAGGGCUUUGCCGUGCUGGCCCUCGCCUUCUUCGCCUACGAUGACCUGCCCCGAGUCCUGGCCCAGCUGGACCUGGAAUAUUUUGAGGAAGCGGCAGAGCUGCUCCUCCAGCAUCCCAAGGUCCGAGGCCCCGGCCUGGGCGUGGUGGGCGUCUCCAAAGGUGCAGAGGUGGCCUUGGCCAUGGCCACCUUCCUGCCCCAGGUGGUGGCCACGGUGUGGAUCAACGGUACGACCUUCCUUUAUGGAAACCCGCUGGUCUAUAAGGAGCUCCGCAUCCCUGCCAUUCCCUACUACACUGAGCGCAUCCUGUUCACCGAGGUGGGAGCCAUAGACAACUCGGCCAUCUUCACUGACCCCCGGGAUCCCGCCUGCCGCGCCUCGGCCAUCCCGGUGGAGAAGAUCCGGGGAAAGGUGCUCUUUGUGGUGGGAGAGGCCGACCGCAGCUUCAACAGCAAGCUCUUUGCUGAGCUGGCCCUGGCGCGGAUGCCGCCGGAGAGCGGCCGGAUCCUGUCCUAUCCCGGCGCCGGGCACCUGAUCGAGCCCCCCGGAUCCCCGCUGUGCAGCAACUCCAGCAUCCGCGGUACUCCCAGGCCAGUGGCGUGGGGAGGAGAGCCCCAGCCCCAUGCCCGAGCCCAGGAACAUUCCUGGCAGGAGAUCCUGCAAUUCUUGGAGCUCCAUCUGGGGUCGGUUGCCACCUCGAAGCUGUGAGGGGUGAGGAAAAGGGGUUGGGGUCACCAGGAUUGUCACUGCAGGGAAUAAAGUGUCACUGGUGGCUCCUG